AUGGACUCUAAACCACCCUCAGACAAAUCCUCGGACAAGAGACGCCCCAGAGCCCCGAGCAUACAUCUCGACACGUCGGCCGUGACAGACCACAUAGACCCUCACUCGAGCGCUAGUUCGGGAUCCCAAGAUGGCACAAAGCUCACCACCCCGGCCUUCGGCCGCGCUGCCAGCUCAUCGUCCGCGGCUAGUCCAGCUUCGUUAGAUACACUACGGCCGUCAACAGAUGGCGCCUCUGACGCUACGUCGCAAAAAUGCUUUCAACUACCGUCGAGAGAAUCUCUAGAAGAUCUCUGGAGGCCACUACCUCAGGACGAGGAUUUGUUCACAGUCGCCGAGAAUCCCUUUGCAUUUUCUCCCGGUCACUUAUCACGACUCUUAAACCCCAAGAGUCUAAAGGCUUUCCACGCCUUGGGCGGCCUGCGUGGCAUAGAGAAAGGGUUAAGGACUGAUGCCAAGUCGGGACUCAGUCUAGAUGAGGCGGGUCUUACUGGAUCCGUGUCAUUUGAGGAUGCGACAGGACUUCAAUUACCGGAGCACCCUCCCGAUUUAUCGCAAGGGAUUCAACGGACGAAAACGGGCCAAAAAAUGAAGCGUGUAACCACACACAAGGAGACCGGGGGAUUGUACAGCGACCGAAAGAGAGUUUACGGAAAGAACUCCUUACCCGAAAGGAAGUCGAAGUCAUUUCUCCAACUAGUUUGGAUCGCCUUGCAAGAUAAGGUUCUCAUCUUGCUGAGCGUGGCGGCCGUGGUAUCGUUGGCGCUUGGCUUGUACCAAACCUUUGGAAACGACGAGCAUCAAGGCGCCAGGGUUGAGUGGGUUGAAGGUGUGGCUAUCAUAGUUGCGAUUGCCAUCGUCUCACUCGUCGGCGCCUUGAACGACUGGCAGAAGGAACGUCAAUUCCGGAAGUUGAACAAGAAGAACGAGGACAGGGAAGUGAAGGUUAUUCGGUCGGGGAAGCCUACGGUCAUAUCCAUUGAAGAUCUUCUUGUCGGAGACGUUCUCAUGUUGGAACAAGGCGACGUAAUCCCUGUCGAUGGUAUUUACAUUGACGGACACAAUAUCAGCUGUGAUGAGUCGUCCGCCACGGGGGAGUCGGAUUUGAUAAAGAAGACCCCUGCAGAAGCAGUGAUGCGUGUCCUCGAGAAGACCGGCCCGAUCGAGGUUAAGAAGUUGGAUCCCUUCAUUAUUUCGGGCGCCAAGGUGCUUGAUGGCGUCGGAUCGUGUCUCGUCACAGCGGUUGGGCCUUAUUCGAGCCAUGGCAGGACCAUGUUAUCGCUUCGCGAUGACAGCGAAUUGACGCCUCUGCAGUUGAAGCUGAAUAUUCUUGCUGGUUACAUCGCGAAGCUUGGAUGCACCGCCGGUGUCCUCCUCUUCGCGGUCCUGUUCAUAGAGUUUCUCGUCCGUCUUAAGGGCAGCGAUGAGACUUCGGAAGAAAAGGGUCAAGGUUUCAUGCGAAUCCUCAUCACCGCCAUUACCAUUAUUGUCGUCGCCGUCCCGGAGGGUCUCCCGCUAGCGGUUACGCUCGCGUUGGCCUUUGCUACGAAGAAAAUGACGAAAGAGAAUAACCUCGUCCGCCACUUGCAGUCUUGCGAGACUAUGGGAAAUGCAACUGUGAUUUGCUCUGACAAGACAGGCACCUUAACCGAGAAUAUCAUGACUGUCGUGGCUGGCUCGUUGGGCGACGGCUCACUCUGCUUCGCCGAGGACAGCGUCCUGAAUGCAAUAAAAUCGAACGAUUCCACCGGUGCGGGAACGACCGAAACCGACGCCAGCCUCUUUUACAGCAAGUUUAUCCAACCAAGCAAGCUCUCGUCGACCAUUCAUGAGGAUCUGCGCGUGCUCCUUAACCAGUCCAUCGCCAUCAACACAACGGCUUUCGAGGGUACUGAGAAAGGGAAGGCGAUCUUUGUCGGAACCAAGACGGAAACCGCUCUUCUCGACUGGGCCAGGAAUAACUUUGCAUUGGAAUCACUCGAGAUUAUGCGAUCGAAUCACACGGUGGUCGAAAUGUAUCCGUUCAACUCUAGCCGGAAGUGCAUGGCGGCAGUGAUAAAAUUGUCAGACAGGAAAUACCGGAUCUUCGUCAAGGGUGCGCCGGAAAUCUUGUUAGCUCAGUGCCACAAGGUGAUCGAUUUGCCGACCGAGGGCAUACAUUCGUCGACUCUGGAGCAAACUCAUCUGGAUCAAAUCAAGGGAGAUAUUUCAAGGUUUGCUUCUGCAUCUUUGAGAACUCUAGGUCUAUGCUUCAGGGACUGCGACCAGUGGCCCCCCCCACGAUCCAAGGCUCACGACGACCCGUCGCAAGUUGAACUUAGCGACGUCUUUCGCGAAAUGAUUUGGAUCGGCGCCGUCGGAAUCCAAGAUCCGGUGCGAGGCGGGGUCCCAGCUGCGGUUGAGGACUGCCAUAGGGCGUCUGUCGGAGUCAAGAUGGUCACUGGGGAUAACGUCGCGACGGCGACAGCGAUUGCCAAGUCUUGCGGCCUUUUGAAGGAUGGUGGUAGGAUUAUGGAAGGCCUUGAAUUCCGUCGCUUAAGCAACUUUGAGAGGGAAGCCAUCGUCGAUGACCUUCGUGUACUAGCCAGGUCUAGCCCCGAGGAUAAACGGAUCCUGGUGAAAGCCUUGCAAAGUCGGGGCCAGAUUGUGGCUGUGACCGGAGACGGAACCAACGACGCGCCUGCCCUCAAGGCCGCAGAUGUCGGUUUCUCGAUGGGUAUUACCGGAACAGAGGUUGCGAAAGAGGCGUCGGACAUUAUCCUGCUGGACGACAACUUCUCGUCCAUCGUCAAGGCGCUUGCUUGGGGACGGGCAAUCAACGAUGCCGUAAAGAAGUUUCUCCAGUUCCAGAUUACGGUCAACAUCACUGCUGUGAUGAUUACCUUCGUCUCCGCUGUUGCCGACGAGAACGAGUCCUCGGUGCUGAAUGCCGUCCAGCUGCUCUGGGUCAACCUCAUCAUGGAUACAUUCGCGGCUUUGGCACUUGCAACCGACCCCCCGAAUGAUAGCUUGCUAGACAGGAAGCCAGAGGCAAAGACGGCGCCGCUCAUCACUCUCACGAUGUGGAAGAUGAUUAUUGGUCAAUCCAUUUACCAGCUCAUCGUCAUCUUCAUACUACACUUCGCAGGUCCCAGUUUCCUCCAUUACCCCGAGGACGAACAGAAGACCCUCAUUUUCAAUACCUUCGUCUUUAUGCAAAUCUUCAAGCUGGUCAACAGCAGACGUAUUGACAACAAACUCAACAUCUUCGAGGGACUACACAAGAAUCACCUCUUUAUGUUAAUGGCAACCAUCAUGGUCGCCGGUCAAAUUAUCAUCGUGUGGUUCGGCGGAGCGGCAUUUGUAGUCACACCGCUAAACGGGGCGCAAUGGGGCAUCUCUCUCGUUCUUGGGUUCUUCUCCAUCCCCGUCGGUGUCCUCAUCCGACUAUUCCCCGAUUCGUGGAUCCGCAAGGCCAUAGAAACCAUCGUCCCGCGCCGAUUCCGAGAGAAGAAGGCCCCUCGGCGAGCCGAGUCGUACGAUCUCGCAGCGGCGAUGCUAGAUGUGCGGGAUGAUCUCGCCUUCUUCAAUAGGAUAAGGGGUGGGAGGAUGGCGUUCCUGUGCGAUCCCAAGUUUAUCCAGAAGCGGUUGCAGAAGAGCAGGAGCAAGAGUAAGAGCAGGAGGGGGUCGAACGCGUCGAGCUCGCCUGUGCAUCCCGCCGUGGGUAUACCCGGGUUGAUCGCGGCGAGUAUUGGCGGGCUUCCCUCGCCAGACAGCCGGCAUGGAGAGACGGUGUAA